AUGCGAUUAGUCACGUUUCCUGGGCAGGGUAGCGCCGUGUUGGCGAGCUCGCUGGCCCGCUGGUGUGAGUCGCGGGCGGGCUUCCAGCACAGCUCGGUGGCGGACGUGGUGGCAUACGUGGAGCGGCAGCCCGCAGCGCCGGGGGCGAUUGCCGCGUGCUCGACGCUGCUGUACCAGUGCUGGCUGGAGCGCGGGCCGGAGCAGGGCGAGGCGAUGAUGCUGGGGCACUCGCUGGGGGAGCUGAGCGCGCUGAACGCGAGCGGCAGCAACGCGCUGCUGGGGGUGCAUGACGUGCUGGAGGUGGCGCAGCGUCGGCACGCGCUGAUGCGCGAGGCGGCGGCGGCGCAUGCGCGGGCGCACGGCGUGCGCGGGUUCGUGGCGCGGGUGGUGACGCUGCGGCGCGCGGGCGAUCUGCGGGCGCAGCUGGAGCUGCGCGGGACGCUGCGCCUAGCGAACCACAACUCGCUGCGGCAGUGCAUCGUGACGGGGGCGGCGGACGACCCGGCGUGGGCGGCGCUGCCGGCGGGCGCGCGCGUGGACGCGCUGCUGAACCCGGACGGCAUCCCUUUCCACAACGACGCGGUGCUGCGGCCGAUCCAGGGCCCGCUGUACGACCUGCUGUGGGAGCGGUUGGCGCGCAACGGCGUGAGCCGCGCGCGCAGCCUGGACCGCCCGCUGCUGAGCUGCCUGGACGGCGCGGCGACCGACCGUCUUGACGUGGCCGUGGAGAAGUUCGUGCGCUCGAGCACGAACGUGGUCGAGUUCGUCGCAGCCUGCCGCACGGCGGUGCAGGCGGGCGCGACGGCCGCGCUGCACGUCGGGCCCGGGCGCGCGGUCGGCGCGCUGGUGGACCGCAACACGGGGCUCACCGCGAGCGAGACGCUAGACUGA